AGCAAAUUGCCCAGAUACGAUUCGCUGACUGCCAGUGUGGCGUGAGCUGAUGGAGUAAUUGGCCAUGAACAGUCGCCCCAGCUCCAGCUCUCGUCUGGGCCACACCUCCCCGCCCCUGGCACGCGCCGGCGCCACCGGCGCCACCUCGCCGCCCUGGGCGGCCGCGAGUUUGGGCAGCUGCGGGCACACGUCCCCGCCCUUCCGGCCGGGCGUCGCAUCGCCAGGCCGUCCAGGAGCUCUGUCGCCACCCAGGCUGAUCCGUGCUCCCGACGCCUCCAGUCGCGCCAGCCUGGAGAGCGGCGCGCUGGGCAGCGGGCUAGGUGCAUCCUACAGCAUCCAGAGCCUGCUCUCCACCGACAGUGGGCCGGCCGCCCGGCUGCCCCCCAAGAGCCACGGUGCGGCACUGGGCCAGGUGCUACAAGCUCCUGUAGCGCCACAGUUGCCGGCCUUGGUGCCGCCCUUGCCCCGCGCUUCAGCUCCAGGCAUCGUUGCGGCCUCUGGUGUCCCUCCGGCGCCGCUCUUCGGCAGGAUGCUGCGCCCAGACGUCCGGGCGGAAGAGGCGGCACCCCCGGUGGUCGCCAAACCCAUGUGGAUCAUCGAAGAGGUCAUCGACUUCGACGCUGCGGAGGAAGAUGAGGAGGCCUCCGGAGGUUUGGAGCAGAUGUGCCAGCCCAAGAUGUUCCGCUCUGACCUGCUGGAGGGAUGCUUCUUCUGGAACUGCACGGAGGACGAGAUCAGAGUCAAGGACUGAAGUCGGGCGGGGCUCCAGCGAGCGUUGCAGACUGGAACGCCUCCAUGCCGGACGUCUUGCGGAUGGGCGGCAAGCAAAAUGCUCGAACUCUUGUCGGCCAAUCCACUCAGGAAGCAAGUUGUCGUGCAAACCUCUAG